AUGGAGGGAGAAGAGGGGCCAGGCGCCGCGGCGGCUGGGCCGCCGGCGGGCGGGGCCGGAGGAGGGGGAGGAAGUGUCAUGGCGGCGGCUGUGAGUGGGUCUGGUGGCGCGGGCUCGGCGGUGCGGGGUGGUGGCGCCUCUUUGUCGCCAUCGCGCUGGUUCUUCAGCCGGGAGCAGCUGGAGAACACGCCGACCCGGCGCUGCGGGGUGGAGGCCGACAAGGAGCUCUCGUAUCGGCAGCAGGCGGCCAACCUCAUCCAGGACAUGGGCCAGCGCCUCAACGUAUCUCAGCUUACAAUAAAUACUGCAAUUGUUUACAUGCACAGGUUUUAUAUGCAUCAUUCCUUCACAAAAUUUAAUAGAAAUAUAAUCUCUCCUACUGCAUUGUUUUUGGCUGCGAAAGUGGAAGAACAGCCACGAAAACUCGAACAUGUUAUCAAAGUAGCACAUGCCUGUCUUCAUCCUCAAGAGCUACAGCUGGAUACAAAAAGUGAUGCAUAUCUUCAACAGGCCCAAGAACUGGUUAUACUUGAAACAAUAAUGCUUCAAACUUUAGGUUUUGAGAUUACCAUUGAACAUCCACAUACAGAUGUUGUGAAAUGUACGCAGUUAGUGAGAGCAAGCAAGGAUUUGGCACAGACAUCCUAUUUCAUGGCUACCAACAGCCUGCACCUUACUACCUUCUGUCUUCAGUACAAACCCACAGUGAUAGCAUGUGUGUGCAUUCAUUUGGCAUGCAAGUGGUCCAAUUGGGAGAUUCCUGUAUCGACGGAUGGAAAGCAUUGGUGGGAAUAUGUUGAUCCUUCAGUUACUUUGGAAUUGCUAGAUGAGCUCACACACGAGUUUCUGCAAAUAUUAGAGAAAACGCCUAGCAGACUGAAGAGGAUUCGUAAUUGGAGGGCUAAUCAGGCUGCUAAGAAACCGAAAGGAGAUGGACAGGUAUCUGAGAAUUCUCUUCUUGGAUCAUCUUUGGUCCAGAAUUCCAUUUUGGUGGAUACUGUUACUGGUGUAUCUGCCAACACAAGCUUCCAAAAAUCAUCCACAUCAACCUUUCCUCCACCAGUACCUCUGAACUCAGGGAGUAUGUCUGUUCAACACAGUCAUGCACCUGAAAACUUGGCAAUAUUAGCUACAGGAAUGCCAAGUACCUCAUAUAGUUUGGCAUCACACCAGGAAUGGCCUCAACAUCAAGAACAAACAAGGACCGAACACAUAUAUUCUCAGAAACAGGAAACUACGUUACCUGGUAGUCAAUAUAAUCUGAACUUCCAAUCAGGAACUUCUGUACAAUUGCAUUCUGGGUUACAUCACAGAUCUGACAAACUUACUGAGCAUUCCACUGGUAAACAAGACUAUGCUCACAAGUCAGGAAACAAACACCAUGGACAGGUUGCUGCUCCAAUAAUUCCUCAGAAAAUGUCCUUGGAUAAAUACAGAGAGAAACGCAAACUAGAAACCCUUGAACUGGAUGUAAGGGAACAUUAUGUAACUACGCAAGUAGAACAGCAACAUAAAAAGCACAUCCAACCACAAGCAGCCAGUAGCAGUUCUGUUACUUCCCCUAUUAAAAUGAAAAUUCCUGUUGCAAAUGCAGAGAAACCAGAAAAACAUUUGUCUGAUAAAAAAGAAAAGGGUGGAUCACUCAAACUGCGAAUACCAAUCCCACCUACAGAAAAGAGUUCCAGUAAAGAAGAUCUGAAAAUGAAAAUUAAAGUUUCUUCAGAAAGACACAGCUCAUCGGAUGAGGGCAGUGGAAAAAGCAAACACUCAAGUCCACAUGUUAGCAAAGAUCAUAAAGAAAAGCACAAAGAACAUUCUUCAAAUCGCCAUCACAGUAGCAGUCACAAGCAUUCACAUAGUGGUGGCAGUAGUAGUGGCGGCAGUAAACAUAGCACUGAUGGAAUAACACCAACUGUUUUGAGGAGUCCUGUUGGCCUGAGUAGUGAUGGUAAUUCCUCUAGUUCCGGCUCUUCAAGGAAGAAGUUGCACAGCAAUGAUGCUUCUCACAACCACCACUCCAAAUUGAGCAAAAGUUCCAAAAGUUCAGGUAGUUCAUCUAGUUCUUCCUCCUCUGUUAAGCAGUAUGUAUCCUCUCACAACUCUGUUUUUAACCUUCCCUUACCCCCUCCUCCCCCUGUCACAUACCAGGUGGGCUACGGACAUCUCAGCACCCUCGUGAAACUGGACAAGAAGCCAGUGGAGAACGGUCCUGAUGCCAAUCACGAGUACAGUACAAACAGCCAGCAUAUGGACUACAAAGAUACAUUCGACAUGCUGGAUUCGCUGUUAAGUGCCCAAGGAAUGAACAUGUAAUCAAUUGUUUAGGUCACUUUUCUUUACUUUUUUAAUUUAAGAAUUGUUAGAAUGGAAAACUUUCUAAUCUAGCAGUAGCAACACCAGCUGUUGUUGCCAUGGUUUCAGUAUAUGUAAGUGCUGCUUUAUCCUUCACUCUGAAAAGAAGAGGUAUAGUAAACAAGUCUUUAUCUCCACAUACAAUAGU